UUUCUUUUUCUUUUAUCCCUGUUUGCACUGCCUCGCUGGUGGGCUUUACCGACCCUCAUCAAAGUGCCAAGAAGACAAUGGCCCUACGUGGAGUCCCGGUGCUAGGAUUUUUCCUCAUGGCCGUCCUGAUCAGCCCUCAGGAAUCUUGGGCUAUCAAAGAGGAGCAUGUGAUCAUCCAGGCCGAGUUCUAUCAGACCCCCGACCCAUCAGGACAGUUCAUGUUUGACUUUGACGGUGAUGAGAUUUUUCACGUGGAUAUGGAAAAGAAGGAGACAGUCUGGCGGCUGGAAGAAUUUGGACGCUUUGCCAGCUUUGAGGCUCAGGGUGCUUUGGCCAACAUCGCCGUGGACAAAGCCAAUCUGGACACGAUGAUGAAGCGCUCCAACCACACACCAGACACCAGUGUACCCCCAGAGGUGACCGUGCUCUUGGACAGGCCGGUGGACCUGGGACAGCCCAACAUUCUCAUCUGUUUCAUCGACAAGUUCUCCCCACCUGUGGUCAAUGUCACGUGGCUUAAAAAUGGAAACCCUGUCAGCACAGGAGUGUCGGAGACAGUCUUCCUUCCCAGGGAAGACCACCUUUUCCGCAAGUUCCACUACCUCCCCUUCCUGCCCUCCACGGAGGACGUCUAUGACUGCAAGGUGGAGCACUGGGGUCUGGACGAGCCUGUCCUCAAGCACUGGGAAUUUGAAGGGCUCACCCCCCUCCCAGAGACCACAGAGAAUCUGGUGUGUGCCCUGGGGCUCGUCGUGGGUCUGGUGGGCAUCGUCGUCGGCACGACCUUCAUCGUCAAGGGCAUGCGCAAGGGCAGUGCUGCCCAACGCCAGGGCCCUCUGUGAGACGCCCGGAGGUGAUGACCUUUCUUACAGAGAAGAUCAAUGAAGAAAUUUCCUUUUCAACAGCUUUACAAAGCUUGUAAUUCUCCAGUGGUUCACCUGAGUGAAGACAGCCAUUCUGCAGCCCUCCCCAGCCCUUUGGCCACCUCGAGAGGCGAAGCCCCCCUGAUCCCUCCACAUCCCAACAUCUAGUUGGGCUUCCCUCUGUCGCCCCUUCCUGUAGCUGUUUCCCUCCAGUUCACGAUUGUUUUAUCUCCAUGCCAGGCCUCUGGAAUGAGCGCAUAGGAUCCUUUUUGUCUAUGGAAACUUCUGAAUAGUCCAAGAAGAUUUCUUUUGUAUACUUAUUCCUUGGAAUUUCUCCAAACCUUGAUUUUUCUGUAUACAUUAAACUAGGUGGAGUUUUCA